CGUACCGGAAGUGAGAUGUGGCUACGUGUCAGGAAAAGUCUAUUCGGCUAAAUGGGCGAAGGCGACCAGGCCGUCUGAGAUAAACUCUGCAAUAAUUGAAUUCUUUCUAUUGCUAAAUUUGGAUCGAUUUUUACUACGUUUGAAAAUUAAAAGCUGGAUAUUUGAACAGCGACGAUGUUAACAAAAUUUGAAACAAAGUCAGCCCGUGUCAAAGGUCUCAGCUUCCACCCCAAAAGGCCAUGGGUUCUGGCAAGUUUGCACAACGGUGUCAUCCAGCUGUGGGACUACCGGAUGUGCACACUGAUCGACAAAUUUGAUGAGCACGAUGGUCCCGUCAGAGGAAUUGAUUUCCACAAGCAGCAGCCUCUCUUUGUCUCCGGAGGAGAUGACUACAAGAUUAAGGUGUGGAACUACAAGCUGAGACGUUGUCUCUUUACCCUUUUGGGGCACCUGGAUUACAUCAGGACCACCUUCUUUCAUCAUGAAUAUCCCUGGAUUCUGAGUGCCUCAGAUGAUCAGACCAUCCGCAUCUGGAACUGGCAGUCGAGGACCUGUGUAUGCGUCCUGACGGGACAUAAUCACUACGUGAUGUGUGCCCAGUUCCAUCCAUCCGAAGACCUGGUGGUGUCUGCCAGUCUGGACCAGACCGUGCGAGUGUGGGAUAUCUCCGGUCUCAGGAAGAAGAAUCUGUCUCCGGGCGCCGUGGAGACUGACGUGCGCGGCAUCACAGGCGUUGACCUGUUCGGUGGCUCCGAUGCUGUUGUGAAGCACGUCCUUGAGGGACACGACCGUGGGGUCAACUGGGCUGCUUUCCACCCCAGCAUGCCCCUCAUCGUGUCUGGAGCUGACGACCGGCAGGUCAAGAUCUGGAGAAUGAACGAGUCCAAGGCGUGGGAGCUGGAUACAUGCCGCGGCCACUACAACAACGUCUCCUGCGCCGUCUUCCAUCCGCGUCAGGAGCUCAUCCUUUCCAACUCUGAGGACAAGAGCAUCCGGGUGUGGGACAUGUCCAAGCGGACCGGAGUUCAAACGUUUCGGCGUGAUCACGAUCGCUUCUGGGUUCUGGGGGCCCAUCCGAACCUCAACCUGUUUGCAGCCGGUCAUGACAGUGGAAUGAUCGUAUUCAAGCUUGAGCGUGAGCGUCCAGCCUACGCCGUGCACGGCAACAUGCUGUACUAUGUGAAGGACCGAUUCCUCCGCCAGCUGGACUUCAACAGCAGCAAGGACACUGCUGUCAUGCAGCUCCGCAGUGGUUCUAAGUUCCCAGUAUUCAGCAUGUCUUAUAACCCUGCUGAGAACGCCGUCCUGCUCUGUACAAGAGCAACCAACCUGGAGAACAGCACAUACGACCUCUACUCUAUUCCCAAAGAAAGCGACUCCCAGAACCCUGAUGCUCCAGAGGGAAAAAGAUCAUCAGGCCUGACUGCAGUUUGGGUGGCGAGGAACCGAUUUGCAGUCCUGGAUCGCAUGCACUCUCUUCUGAUCAAAAACCUGAAGAAUGAAAUAGUGAAGAAGGUCCAGGUGCCGAGCUGCGAGGAAAUCUUCUACGCCGGCACAGGAUCGCUGCUGCUGCGCGAUGCCGACGGCGUCACGCUGUUCGACGUGCAGCAGAAACGCUCUCUGGCCACGGUCAAAAUCGCCAAGGUCAAGUAUGUGGUGUGGAGCUCCGACACCAGCCAUGUGGCUCUGCUGGCAAAACAUGCGAUUAUGAUCUGCAACCGUAAGCUGGAAAGUCUCUGCAACAUUCAUGAGAACAUCAGAGUGAAGAGUGGAGCCUGGGAUGAGAGUGGGGUCUUUAUUUAUACCACAUCCAACCACAUCAAAUAUGCCCUCACCUCAGGUGAUCAUGGCAUCAUCCGGACCCUGGACCUGCCUAUCUAUGUGACCCGAGUCAGAGGCAACAGUGUUUACUGCCUGGACAGGGAGUGCAGGCCGCGGGUGCUCACCAUCGACCCCACAGAGUACCGCUUUAAGUUGGCUCUGAUCAAUCGUAAAUACGACGAGGUGCUCCACAUGGUGCGUAACGCCAAGUUGGUGGGGCAGUCCAUCAUUGCCUACCUUCAGAAGAAGGGCUACCCUGAAGUAGCGCUUCACUUUGUGAAAGAUGAGAAAACGCGGUUCAGCCUCGCUCUGGAAUGUGGAAACAUUGAGGUGGCACUGGAGGCAGCCAAGGCCCUGGAUGAUCGCAGCUGCUGGGAGCGUCUGGGUGAGGCGGCGCUGCUGCAGGGACACCACCAGGUUGUUGAAAUGUGCUACCAGAGGACAAAGAACUUUGACAAGCUCACCUUCCUUUACCUGAUCACUGGAAACUUGGCUAAGCUGCGCAAGAUGAUGAAGAUCGCUGAGAUCAGAAAGGACAUGAGUGGUCACUACCAGGCUGCUUUGUAUCUGGGGGACGUCAGUGAGAGGGUCCGCAUCCUGAAGAACUGUGGACAGAAGUCUCUGGCUUACCUCACUGCAGCCACACAUGGGCUGGAUGAAGAGGCUGAGGCCCUAAAGGAGACCUUUGACCCAGAAAAGGAGACGGUGCCAGAGGUCGACCCCAAUGCACAGCUGCUGCAGCCUCCUCCACCCAUCAACCCUCUGGACACUAACUGGCCCCUGCUCACUGUAUCGAAGGGCUUCUUUGAGGGAGCCAUUGCAGCUAAAGGUAAAGCAGGUCAGAUGGCUGCAGAUUUGGAUAUGGAGGCUGCUGGAGGUGAGGGGUGGGGAGAUGAUGCUGAGCUCGCCAUGGAUGAAGAUGGCUUCAUUGAUGCACAGGAUGGUAUAGGGGAUGAAGGCUUGGGGAAGGAGGAAGGAGGAGGAUGGGAUAUUGAUGAAGAAGUGGAACUUCCUCCAGAGCUGGAUGUUCCUCUGGGCGCUGGUGGAUUGACAGAGGACGGCUUCUUCGUGCCGCCAACCAAGGGGAUGAGUCCAACUCAGAUGUGGUGUAACAAUUCCCAGCUGCCAGUAGAUCACAUCCUGGCUGGAUCCUUUGAAACUGCUAUGAGGCUGCUUCAUGACCAGGUUGGAGUUGUGAACUUUGCUCCGUACAAGUCCCUGUUCAUGCAGACGCUGUCUAGAGGGCGGACCUCUUACCUGGGGCUGCCGUCUCUGCCGUGUCUGCGCGGCCAUCCUCAGAGGAACUGGAAGGACUGUGGGGCGAAGCAGGGCCUGCCUGCUGUGGGGCUCCGCCUCUCCGACCUGAUUUCCCGCCUUCAGCAGUGCUACCAGCUGACUACUGCUGGAAGGUUCGAGGAAGCGGUUGAACGCUUCAGAGCCAUCUUGCUUUCUGUCCCUCUACUGGUGGUUGAUAACAAGCAGGAGAUAGCAGAGGCUCAGCAGCUCAUCACCAUAUGCAGAGAGUACAUUGUGGGUCUGACUAUGGAGGUGGAGAGGAAGAAGUUGCCGAAAGAGACGUUGGAUCAACAGAAGAGGAUUUGCGAGGUAAAGAUAUGAUCAUACUGAACUGAUUUAUUUUGUUUUUCUAUUUUUUAAUACUCUGAACUGAUUGUUUUUCUGUAUUCUUUCUGUAGAUGGCUGCUUAUUUCACCCACUGUAACCUGCAGCCAGUCCACAUGGUGCUUGUGCUGCGCACAGCUCUGAACCUCUUCUUUAAGCUCCGCAACUUCAAAACAGCUGCAGGAUUUGCACGCCGUCUCUUGGAGCUCGGCCCGAAGCCAGAUGUUGCACAGCAGACCCGCAAAAUAUUGGCAGCUUGUGAGAAGACCCUGACAGACACCCACCAGCUGAACUACGACCCCCACAAUCCUUUUGAUCUGUGCGCCGCCUCCUUUGUUCCUCUCUACCGAGGACGUCCUGUAGAGAAGUGCCCACUGUCUGGAGCCUGCUACUGCCCUCCUUAUAAAAGCCAGAUAUGCAGGGUAACACAGGUAGGCAAGGACACCUGGCAU